UGCAGAAUAUGGAACAUAGCAUCAUUCCCAUCAUGAAGGUCUUCGUAGCAGUUCUGGCCCUCUUGGGCUCCCAAUUCUCCGCCGUCUCAGCCUCCAGUUGCAGCGCUUGCGUGUCCAAAUCCGAUCUGCAGAGCUCGGCCCCUGGCAAGGCUGGUAUGAUCCAGUCCGAUGGACCUUGCUUCCCCUACAACUUUGGAAAUGGACCUGAACCAGUGUGCUUCAUCAGCCCCUUGGCCACAAACUACCAGGUGCGGUUUUGCAGCGAGACCGACCCCUUGUGCCGACUAGGAGCCUAUGCCAACAGCGCCCCUCUACCCGUCACCCAAGCUUCCACCGCCCCUUCCGGAGCUACUUACCCAGUCAACGUUCAUGGUGGAUCUCGAUCAGGUUGCACACCAGUCUCCUUCAAUGAGAAUUGUGCCGCUGACAAGAGUUACUUUGCGGCUCGAUUUGGAACCACCCACACCAUGGCCGUGGACAGCUAUUGUGGCGCUGGAUCCGCUUGUAAUGUCACUUGCAGUUACGGCAUCUUCGAUGAUGCAGAGAUCAACCGUAUCUUAGACAAACACAACGCUCUCCGAUCCCGUGUGGCUUUGGGCAAUGAGGGUCUCAGCUACAACUCCAACGAUGGCCAACCUGGAGCCACUAAGAUGUACAAGCUCAAAUGGGACCACAAUCUCGCCAAGGUGGCUCAAAGUUGGGCCCAAACCUGCCUAAGUGGCCAUGACACCAACCGUGGAACUGACGAUUUCGACCCUGCUGGACAAAACAUGGCCUGGAGAGCCACCACCGCCCUUCCCUCUGGUUCCCGGGACUUUGAGGCCAUGGUCCAAGCCUGGUACGAUGAGGUUGCUUUCAUGAACCCCGCCGUGGUCGACAGCUUCAUUAGCUCGGGACCCUUGAUCCAAAACAAGGCCUCUAACCCUGCUCAAGACGAAGCCAUUGGCCAUUACACCCAAGUGGUGUGGGGCGAGACCACUCAUGUGGGAUGCGGUGUGAUUGUUUACGCCACAUGGAACAACAAUCACCAAAAAAUGUUCUAUAAUGAGCGAUUCGUGUGUAACUACGGACCUGCUGGUAACUACUUGGGACAACCGAUUUACUCCAAAGCUGUGAAUGGAGCUGCCCCUGGAAGUGAGUGCCCUGGAACCGUUGAAAAUGGUUUGUGUCUUCACUGAUUGCAAUGAGAUGGAAUAAACGAUAAUUGAGCAGCCAAAA